CUUGAAGUAGUUUCCUACGCAGAAAGCACAUCAAUUUAUAAAGCUUCAAUAUUCUAUAAGGUUGAUAGAAGACAUGUUCAAGAAUGGAAAGCCCAGAAAACACAAUUAGAAGCUAUUAAAUCUACAUACAAUUUAAGUGAUAGAAAAGUUAGAGUACUUGGAGGUCAUGGUCAUAAACCAAAGUAUCUGACUUUAGAACAAGAAUUAGUAAAGUAUGUUAAAGAAAAAAGAGAUGAAGGAUAUCUUGUUACAACAAAAAUGUUAGCAACUAAGGCGAAAGAACUAGCUAAAGCAUUAGAACUUGGUUUCACCGCUUCUGGUUAUAAACUUCCUUCUAUG